GAUGGCGCGGCUGUGAGGGGCUGGAGGGGUGCGCCGUCUGACCGCCCGCUGCCGACAGCUGCCAUGGCCGACAAGUGGGAGAGCGAUCACCUCUGGCUCUGUUUGCUGGCCUUGGGCUUCCGCCCGAAACGCCAUUGUGGCGUAAAACUAGGGAGGGAUAUGUUUGCUAAACCAAACAGCAGAGCAUUUCAUGUCGUUGCCCUCUUCUUGUUUACUAAGCUGGAUAAGCACCGCGCAAGACAAACUUUCAAGCUAUCUGAGUUCAGAAAACAAGGAAGUCCUAAAUUUAGGAAGCACUGCUGUCUGUGGCUAAGAGAAAUUUCAAAGCAAAAGGAAAUAGGUAUUCCACGAAUUACACCUUCCGUGCUCCUUUGUCCUGGUGGUGCUAAAUUUGUUCACGUGAUCUACCUUUUUGCAAGAUACAUAAUGAUUGAGAACAUGAAAAAGCUCUCUGUAGGCACUGGUAUACCUUUUGCUGAAGCUAUAAGAUGGAGACCUGAUGAUAUGUACAUAGCAGAAGCAAGACACAGAGUCGCAUACAAUAAACUGCUGCAAAAUCUUCGAAGGGAAGACUUUGUUAUUAAAGAAUACAGGGAAAAAGCACAGGUUUUAAUUAGAGAAAUAAAACGGACAGUGUCUGAAUAUGAAGUUGUGCAGAAGCAGUGUUUCAGGAUGAAACAAAAUAACCAAAACAAAAAUGACACAACUGACAAAAUUCAGAAGGUCCGCAGUAUGUGGACACUUAUAGUGGAAAUACUUACAUCUCUGAAAAAGGAAAAGGAAGUUGUGGAUUCUGUACUUCAAGACUGUGCCAACCCAUGUGUUCUGGAUGGAACUGAUGUAGCUGUGAGGGUUCCAGGGUUGCUGACUUACAGAGUUGAAAGUAACAUACAUGGAUUUUGUACAGGAAAUUUAUAUGAAGAUGGAAAACUGAAUUUCCUAACAGUUAUUCAGUUGUUAAAUGAAGCGCUGAUGACAUUGAGAGAUGAACCUUGUCCAUGUGAAUUAAAAGAAUUUCACAGAAUUGAGGACAUGGUUACAUCCUACAAGAAUGCACUACAGGAGUUGAAAACACAAAGUCAAAGAAGAAGGCAACAGCAUUGUGAGCCAAAGCAAGGGUCUAUUUCUAGAAAACAGGAGAUCUGGGAAUCGAAGUGGAAAACAAUUCUUGGCCAGUGUCCUUUUAAUUUAAUCUUUAAAGAUGAUCAUCAGCUAGCUUCACUCCAAUCUCUUAGUUCUUCAGACGAAGAUGAAGACAGUGUCCUUUGUCAGUCAUUUUCAGAUAAUAAUGACUCUCAUCAUGAAGAAUGCCAUGGGAAGAAUGAUGGAGCUUUGGAAACCAUGACAGAUACAGCAUUAGUACCCUCAAGAUGUGACUUCAUGCAGCACGAAGGUUUUUCCGCUUCUGAGGCUACAGACAGUCACUUCCUCUCUCCCUCCUUGACAAGAUUGUCGGUGCCAUUGUUGUCAGAAGCAUCUAACAACGGGGACCUGUCAAUUGAAAAGAAUUUGCAUACUUGUGUGGGAGAUAAAAAACUUGUGCCUCCAAAAAUCUUCAGAAAUGGACAGAAAGAAUUUCCCACUUCAGCAAUGGAGGAGAAUGCAGAUGAAAAUACUACCCAGCCAAAGUCUCCUGUGAAAAAAGACAGCCUUGAAAAAGCCAGAGAUGAACUCGCAGAACAGAUUGUAAAGGCAGUGAUGUCUGAGUCAACAGAUAAUGCUGAAGAAGAAGGAAUGGCAUUGGAUGAUGUCUUUAGCUCACUGUCUUUUAACACAUUCUUAAUGAGGAAACAAAUAACCCAAACUCCAGAAAAUCUGCUUACUGAAAUUAGAAGUUCAUGGAGAAGAGCUAUUCAGACUGAGGGCUCGCUAGACCUAGAGCUGUCCUCAGCUGAAGUGGUGACAGAAGAAUCUUCAAUGAAUGCUACACCCAGCAUGCAGGAGGAGGUGGACUCUAGUUUUGUGUGCUCUGAACCUGCAUCUCCUGUAUCUGAUUUAGGUCCUUCUGUGUCAGAAAAGAAGUCUCAAUUAAGUUCUACAGAAUCUAGUUUUCAGGAGCAGGUAAGUCAUAUAUUUGAAUCUUCAGAUUCAAAAACAUCUGGAAUUCAAGAAAGUGAGAGAACUGAAUCAGAGGAACUAGAUUGUUCUGCUUUGAGUGGAAGUUCUGUAGAAGAUCUAAGCCAGACUUCUCAAAAUGCAGAGAAGAGCAUGAAUAUUCCAGGUACUUGUUUGAAAAGUGAUAGUAGAACAAAUACAGGACCUUCAGACCACUGUUCCAGUUUUCUAAUGGGUGGGACGCUACGCUGGAAUAUAUCUGCAUUAAAUACUGUUGGUGAUGAAACUACUGACAUGGGAAUAUUGGAUGAGACACUUCCAGAAAUUGAUAGUAUAGAUCUCAGCAUGUCUCCAAGCUCAGAGUCCGUUUUUAAUACAAUGGACAGUGAAAAUUUAAUGGAUGACUCGAAAAAUAAGGAGGAUAUUAAAAUAUUGGACCUAGAUAUACAGUCCCCGCCCAACUCACGUGAAGUGCUAAAAAAGACUGCAUCUAAAAGUGAAGAGGAGCUGCAUCAAAAACAUAAUGGAGACAAAUCUCGGAGUAAUAGAGCUAGAUUAAGUACAAUAUCAGAAGGAGGGGAAGAUGAUGAUCCUUCCAUGGAUGAAGGGUUUACCACGAUGCCAUUGCCAAACUCUCCUAAUGAAAGCAAAUAUUCCCUGUCAUCUUUGCUGGUAUCUGGUCAAGAGGAUGGUACAUGAGGGCCCACUAACUUACUACAUAAAUUGAAGGGAGCUCAGUAAUGACACAAGUGGUCAUUGUUCGAAGAGGCUUUCAGACUAAAAUCUAGUGAAGAAUCCCACUGACCCAUUUAUUUAUCCUUCUGAGACCCCUCUUGAUGGCAACACACACAGUGAGUGUAUCAAACAUUUCUCCCAGUUUUGCAUCAUUUGCAAACUGCCUGAAGAUGCUGUGUCUCAUGAUAUAUGUAAUUUAUAAAGAUAUAUAAUAGUUUUUACCGCAUUUUCCAGUCAUUUUCAAUGGCAGCCCUCUGACUGACUUUGUGCUCCUCAUCACAACUCUGAAUCCACCAGCUCGGAACAUUAAUUAAUUAGUCUCACAGUCCACUUAUCUAAGCCCGUAUUUCCAUCAGUUUGUUGAUGCAGUUUUUGCAGGUGACAGUGUCAAAAAUCUUACCAAACUCAAGAUAUACAAUAUCUACUGCUCUGUUCCUCAUCCUACAGAAGACUGUACCAACCCGGUCUUGUAGAAGGUUUUCAGUUUGGCUUAAACGUGAUCUCCCUUUCAUGCUGACCGCUACAAAUAAUCUCCGCCAGCUGACUUGACAGCCAGUGUCUGGAACUGAUUUUCCAGGAUUAUUUACUCAACAAUCAAGGACUGAGGUUGAAAUCCUUCUCACCUUUCUUUAAGACAGGACUGAUGUUUACUUUCUCCCAGACAUAAGGAACCUUUCCUGGUUGUCACAACCUUUUAACAACAGAGAGGAUCGCCUCAAAAUUACAUGUACCAACUCCUGUACUGUUUGUGGGUACUCCAUGGACCCAAGCAUGCCAUUUGUUUAAGUGCUUCCCAACAUGUUCCUCUUCCUUGACCCAGUCCUUUCCAUCGAUCUCAAGGACAUGGCAUUGCUGGAAGCUAGUCAUACCGGUAGAGACCGGGGCUGAGAGAGUCAGAGGUCACACUUUCACCCUUCAGUGUAGUUUGUGUGCUCAGAGAACAUGAACAACCAGCCCUUGCAAAUCAAAACUGUUGAUCUUGAAGAAUGGUAAAAGCAUUGGUGUGAGCCAAGAAUGAUUUCUUGGGGGUUGACCAGCUGUGCUGGCUUUCAUUUUAGGCAGAUUUUCUGCAGUAGGAGGAACAAUCUGUGUGUUAGUGCUGGUCAGGCAGGUAAGCUUUCUUCAUCAUUUGUCUUUAAGUCCUCUCCCUGCUGCUUAGAAGGUUUAGCUUUGGAAGCCUGUACUAGUUAUCAGUUAAGUAUUUCUUGCAACUGUUGUUUUUCAGUUAGUGGGAAAUGCUAGUGGUUAGAAAAUCCUGACUUUAUGAAGGACUUACACUUCAAUGCUCUGGCAGUAAUUUUUUAACUUCUUGCAUAAGUAGGAGCGCUAUAUUAAUAUUUAUUUUUACAUAUUAUUUCAAAAUAUAAAUUUUGAAAAUGUUUACUGAAUAGAAAAAUAAAAACUUGCCUAAUUGUAAUGCAAGUGGGUUAAGAAGGCAUGCUGAAGACACCUUGUCCUUCUGACAGUCCAGGUUAUUGCAUGUAUGGUAAAGGGUCACUUAAAGGGGAUUUAUGAAAAGGAUCCUUAAUCCCCCUGUGAGAUCACUAACCUUGUUUCUCUCUAAGUAAUUACUCCACAAAUAAUAUCUCAUUGAUUCCUGUGGGAUAAAGUCCAAGACAAUGGGAGCAAUUGUAUUUACCAUUGUUUAAUGGCCCGAACUUUUCACCAGAAGAUGGCAGCAGGCUCAUGUUAGUCACAAAUAUUUCUGCUGCUUAUUGUUGGAUAAACCUGGAGAUACUGUGCUAGAUACUUGAAACUGAGUAGCUUAUCAGAGCUGACACCAAGUAACCUGGCAUGGCGAAGUGUUGCAUGCCGAGCCUUUUUGUGGGUUUCUGGCUCUGGCUAGCUGCUGGCCUGCAAGUGCUCUGCAAGUCUUGGUCAAUGUUUGGUGAUGUCCUUUGCUGAAUCGCAGUAGAGACCCAAGAGAAGACAAUGGGUUACCAGCUAACACCACCCAUUUGUCCUCAGAGAAUCCUUUAGGCUGGAAAAACCUUAGGAACAUCAAGUCCAGCCAUUAACUUUUCAAGUCUACCAGCAAACCGUAUUCCUAAGUGCCAUGUCUACAUGGCUUUUAAGUACCUCCAGGAGUGGGCAUGCAACCAUGUCCCUGGGCAGCAUGUUCCAAUCUUCAACAGCCCUUUCCAUAAGGAGAUUCUUCUUAGUAUCCAUUCUAAACCUCUACUGGUGCAACUUGAGGCCAUUUCUUGUCAUCCUAUCAAGGAGAAAAGACUGACAACCAGGUUGGCUACACCCUCCUUUCAGGUAGCUGUAGAGAGUGACAAGGUAACCCCUGAGCCUCCUCUUCUCCAGGCUAAACAAUCCCACCUCCUCGAGCCACUUCUCAUAGGACUUGUGCUUUUGGACUUCUCACCAGCUCCAUUGUCCUUCUCUGGACACACUCCAGCAAUUCAGUGUUUUUCCUGUAGUGAGUGAGAGGCCCAAAAGUGAAUACAGUGUGACCUCAGAAGCGAUGAACACAGGGAAAUGAUCCCUUCUUUGGUCCUGCUGGCCACACUAUUGCUGAUUGUUGAGGGUUAGGUGUCCUCUUUUUUUGAUUUUGUUGUUCUGGCCUGCCCGUGGAAUUGUCACCCUUUAGCUGCAGAGACAACCUAACUGUGGAUAUUUAGUGGGUGAUUGAUAAAGGACAAAG